UCUAGAUUUCCCUACUUACCCAAAAUUACUCUUAUUUUUGUUGGUUUCUUGGAGCAUAGAAGAAGUAGGUUCAUGAAACCUAUCAAUGGACUAGAGAUUCUUUACCUGGCCAUUUACCUUUACUUACAGAAAUAUUCUUGCUUGAACAAAUCGAACUUUUGUGUGUAUAUAUCCAACGCCAUAGUGCUAAAGACGUUUGUUCAAAGAGAUAAACGAGAAGAAAAGAUCUUUAAAGACGAGAUGGGCGUAAUUAUUGUGAUUGCAAAACGUUUUGAUGCUCUAAUUGGGCCUGGAGUUAUGCUUCUCUAUCCUUUGUAUGCAUCGUUACGAGCAAUAGAGAGUCCAACGAUGUUAGAUGAUCAACAAUGGCUUACAUAUUGGAUAAUCUACUCUUUAAUUACAAUAUUCGAGCUAUCAUUUUGGAGAAUCCUUGCCUGGCUACCAUUUUGGCCAUACAUAAAGCUUUUGUUCUGUAUGUGGUUGGUGUUACCAAUGUUCAGUGGUGCAGCUUACAUCUACUCCAAUUUUGUGAGAAAAUACGUUAAGAUUGGAAUGAACGUUGGAGGGGGAACGACUUAUACAGAUGAACAGAGAAGAGUUCUACAGAUGAUGAGUCUUGAUGCUAGAAAAUCGGUUCAAGAUUAUGUUGACCGGUUUGGAUGGGAUUCCGUUGAGAAAGCAAUCAAAGCGGCUGAAAGAGAAACAAAGAAGCACUGAAAUGGAAGAUUGCGAAUCAAGAAACAUUGCUCUUUGCUUUCUUUUUUUUCAACGCGUUGGUAUAUUUGUGUAGAGAAAUACUUCAAUGGAAAAAAAAAAAUAUUUGUGCUAUUUCAUUAUGAGCAAAGAUAUUACAUUGUUUAGUUAUUUUGUAUAGUUCCAAGUAAAUUUAAUAGAUUUUGAGCAAAA